CGCUAGCAUGAACACUCACCUUGGCAUUGAACAAAGUCGUAGAGAUGAUCUGGAGUCACUUGGAUUUGUUCUCAUGUACUUCUUAAAAGGAAGUCUUCCUUGGCAAGGACUGAAAGCUGGCAAUAAGAAGCAGAAGUAUGAGAAAAUCAGUGAAAAGAAAGUAUCGACAUCUAUUGAGUCUUUAUGCCGAGGUUAUCCGUCUGAAUUUGCAUCCUAUUUCCAUUAUUGCCGUUCUCUGAGAUUCGACGACAAGCCAGACUAUGCCUACCUGAAACGGCUUUUCCGCGACCUGUUUAUUCGUGAAGGCUUCCAGUUUGAUUAUGUAUUUGAUUGGACGAUCUUGAAGUAUCAGCAAUCACAAAUUUCUACUCCUCCUCCUCGUCAUCAUGGUCCUGGAGUUGGGCCAAGCUCUGGCCUCCCCCCUGCCAUUGCUAGUGCUGAGAGGCCAUCAGGUGGCGACGAAGCUAGACCUUCUGGCUGGUCAUCAGGAAUCCCUAGACGAAGUCCUGGACCAAUUUUUAACUCAGGAAGCUUGUCUAAACAAAAAGCACCAGUUUCAAGUGAUCCUGCAAUAUCUAAAGAUGUAGUGUUAUCA